AUGGACGAUUUAGGACUGCGCUCCUCGGACUCUCUUCGUCCUUUACAACCGUUGCUCUCCUCGGUCGCCGAAAACGCGUCGAACCUGGCAGCAGCCGUGAAGCAACAGCACGAAGAUGAAGACGAUCAACACCAUCUCGAUGUCGAUGUAGACGCUCGAUCUCUACAGCCUUUGCAGUCUGCUGUGGCUGAAUUCGACCACUAUAGCCUCCAUCAGCACCAGCACCACCCAGACGCGCAAUCGCUUCGCCAGGAGGACCCUUACAGUACAUUAAUUAAUGAAUCUCCCUCCCUCCGCACCGAACACUCCCAAUCGAAUAAUCCGAACGAGUCUAUCUUCUCCUCCAAGGGAAAUGGAUAUCUACGAGAUGUCGCAUCCGUUAUCGACCCGCCAGAUCUGGAAGCUUGGCGCGAACGCCUAUUCCAUAUAGACGAUAUGAUUGUAAUGAGUGAAGAAGAGUUCAGAACCUACUUCCCGCACGUCGACAACAUCUACUCGCACCGCUCUACACAGCAAUACAAGCGCAAGCCUCUCGUCUCCCACUACUGGGACUGCCGCCUAAAGGGUCGACCGCCGGGCACCCCGAAAUCCGACGACCCAAACAAGAAGAAGCGCAAGCGCACAGCCCGGCAACGAGACCUCUGCGACGUCAAGAUCAAAAUCACCGAGUAUUUCCCGGGAUACGCGGCAGGCGCAAUGUCUGGCGCCGAGUCAGAACACCAACAACUCUCCCUAUCCUUUUCGCCAGGUGUCAAUGGUAUGGACACAUCGCUUUCGUCGGCCGAGUCAUCAUUGCCAGGUGUGAAUGCGCUGCUUCAGUUCCCUUCUGGUUCUGUAGCUGGGACGAGAGAAAGCCAGCCUUUCGGGGUACUCACUCCGAAUCCGCCGCUACCGGAGGGCCACCCUGGUGCUGAUGGACAACGGUUCUUCACGAUUCAGCGUGUGAAUGGGAAUGGGGCGAAUGGGAAGAACGAUGGGGUUGGUGGUGGGCACCGGCAUACUCUGGAGGAGAGCGAUCGAGUAAAGAAGAACAGCGUCCAGCGGUAUAUUCUGAAGGAGGCGAGGGAGAGGAAGAAAUCAUUAGCCCCUACUAGAACAAUGUCCGCCCCAAAAAGCUACCACACCGAAGCCACCGGCUUAGCCGCGGAAACGGUAGCAAACCACUCCAAGGAGUCUGAACUGAAGUUGUACGGAAGCUGCUUUUGCCCAUUUGUGCAGCGCGUCUGGAUAGCCUUGGAGCUGAAGGGUAUUCCUUAUCAGUAUAUCGAAAUCGACCCGUAUCAAAAACCGCAAUCUUUGCUCGAGGUGAAUCCAAGAGGACUAGUUCCAGCUUUGCGACAUGGCGAUUGGGGCUCAUAUGAAAGCUCUGUCUUGCUUGAAUAUCUCGAGGAUCUGAACUUCGAUCCUCCUCUCCUUCCUCCUGGUGACGCGAAGUCGAGAGCUCACUGUCGGUUGUGGACAGAUUUUGUGAACCGUCAUAUCGUGCCCAGUUUCUACCGCGUUCUUCAAGAGCAGGAUCAGCAGAAGCAGAUUCAGAAUGCGCAAGAACUCCACGACUCGUUUAACACGCUGAUUAAUGCCGCGGACCCUGAAGGACCGUUCUUCCUCGGGCCGAAUAUCUCAUUUGUAGACAUACAAAUUGCCCCCUGGGUAGUUCGGCUGAACCGCGUUUUGAAGCCGUACCGUGGCUGGCCGGACCCCGAGCCCGGCAGCCGUUGGGGAGCUUGGGUAGACGCCAUCGAAGCCAAUGAAGCGAUCAAGGCGACGACGAGCAUGCCUGACCUAUAUCUCGAUAGCUAUGAGCGCUAUGCCGUCAUGUAUCCGUAG